AUGUUGAUCGAAGAAGAAGUCGCCGGCAACAUGUCGAACAAACACAACAGCAAGGUUCAAGAUAAAAAUAUUUGGAAAUCUUUGCGGACACACAUUUUAUCUCGCCGCGAGAAGAACAAACAAGCUGAAGUUGAUGCUGAGGUGCUAAGAAAAAAAAAAUGUGUAGAAUAUCAAAAAAUGCAAGAAAACAAAUUGUCAUUAGCACAGAUCAAUGGCCGUUUAUCUCAACUACGAGACAAACGUGAUGAACUUGAAGAAGAAAAACGUGCACUCUUGAAUCAGUCACAAGCUAAUGAUGAUAGUAUGGCAACUUCUUUAGUAGUGCCUAAAACUGAGUCUAAUUGUGAACCUAUCAACAAUAAGACAGUUGUCACUAACAAUAUCAAUAACGCUGUAGUUACAAAUCAUCGGUCGACCCCUUUACUUCAACAACAACAACAACAUAUAUUUAGACAACAAACUACAGCAGUAAAUGCACAGUCUGGUGCAGGAUCUCCUGCUGCAGGUAGCGGAUUAAGUCCAUUGGCACAACAGUCUUUGAUGAUGCACAAUUCCAGUACCAGUAACACUGGAGGUAGUAACCAAACAUUAUUGGUUUGUUCGCCAGCCACAAUAAAUGCUGCAAACAAUCAGAACAAUAAUGUGACUCGUUCUACUAUGUCAUUAGCAGCUUCUUUAUCUAGCACAAUGACUUUUACAAAAUUUCCGACGCUGUAUAGCAGUAGUACCACUCAUUUAUUAGCGCCGAAUGUUGGAACCAGUAACAAAAUGGGUAGAACACCAUCUCCACAACCCCAAAAUAUACAGCAGCAAAACUAUCAACAGCCACAAAUUGUUGUACCUUUCCCUCCAUAUAAGCCAAUGAAUAGUGGUGGUAGCUCUACUAAUAAUUUAAAUUCUACUGCUCCAGCUCCUGUAGUAAAUAGCAUAAAUCAGUCAUUAGCUACUGGAACCAAUAGCAAUUAUCCUAUUGAAAAUUCAAGUAGACGUGGAAAUAGAGAAGAUGCUACACAGUCAUUUAAUAGAAAUGUUUGGAUUAACAACAACUGCAACAAUAGCAACAAAAACUCACAACCUAAUGUCAGCAACUAUGGAUCAUUCUACCAACCUAAUUCUACUUCUGCAGUUAAUUACUGUGUCAAUAAUGGCAUUUUAUCUUCAGCCCCAUCAUUAUCUUCAGUAAAUACAGUAUAUAGUUAUUCUGGGCCACCACCGCCACCACCUCCACCGCCACCACGAACAGAAUCAUCUAAUAGUGUUAAUUUAAGUGUGAGUACAGCUGGUGAUCAUGGAGCUCAGCAAAUACCAAAGCCUCUUUCUUCUCAUCAACACCACCAACCUCAUCACCAUGCUCACUCCCAUCCACCUAUGUACAUGAGCCCAGGCAUUCGAAACCAAACUAGUAAUCACACAUAUCACCCUAAACCACCUCAUGGUGUCUACCCGGAUGAUAAGUUGGUACCUCCACCGCCAUCUAAUUUUUAUCAACAGCAAGGCAAUAGAAAUAUGCAUCUGUCAAAUACUACAACAGUUACGUCACAACCCCAUCAGAUGAAUCAAAAAUCGCACAAUAUUGGUUAUCCUAUGCGACAUCCCACAGCUGCAUCUCCAGCUUCCCAACUCUCUCCAGCAAUUAUUCAGUCGUCUCAACAACACGCCUCAUAUACUGUUCCGACAAGUUCAGUCACAGGGUAUUCAAAUAAACCGCCUGCCACUGUUGUUUCAACUGCCGAUAUGUCUAGAUAUCAACAACAACCACCGCCACAAACGCCAAUGUCUAGACAUGAAUAA